AUGGAUUUGGGGAUUCUUUUACUGAUAAUAAGUUUGUACUUGAAUAAAAAGGUCCAUAACUGCUAUUGUAUGAAUUUUUUAUACAGAAGUUUCUCUUUUCUUAGUCCAAUAAAGAGCAUGGUGUCAGAGAGUCCCCUGGGUAAGUUCGGUACAACUUUGUCUGCUGAAGCGUUAAGUGAAACUCUAACCACACAUAAGAGCGAAAAAACUUCGCUCAAGAAACUUCUGGGAGAACUACCUCCAGGCUACAAAGGCCUGGUCCUGUUCCUGUUCCCGUCAGCCGGAACUCCAGGCUGCACAAAACAGGCCUGUAACUUUACAAGCAACUACAAGGCUUUCAAAGAUAAAGGCUACGAAGUGUACGGACUAACCAGCUCAGAAAGAACUCCAGCCUGGAAGUGGACCGAGAAGCAUAACCUUAGUUUUACAACACUGGUGGAUAAGGAAAUGAAGGUAGUUGACCACCUUGAUUGCAGAAAACUCGGUUUAUUCGUGCACAGGUCCCACUUGGUCCUUUCCAAGGAAGGGAAGGUGUUGGCUUUUGAAAAGGGCGUGAACGCAGGUACGUCAAUUUUUUAA